AUGACUUUAGUUGGUCCAUUAGCUGAUGAUCAUAGAAAUUUACUCGGUUCGUGGAGUGCAGCUGGUGAUUUUAAUCAAGCAGUGAGUGUUCUCGAAGGUAUUAAUCAAUUAAUUGGAAACAAUAUUCAAGUUUUACAUGUUAAGGGAUCGAAUCUUCUUGAAGAUCCGGAUUUACUUAAAUUAUUAAAUGCAUACGGUGGUGACAUCAUCUUAGAUAAUCGAACAGCUACACAAAUGAUCGAUGAGGCACUUGCCGCUGCACAAAAAUCUGAUGUUAUUGUUGCUGUUGUUGGUGAAUCGCAAGGUAUGACGGGUGAAGCAGCAAGUAAAGCGGAUAUUGGACUACCUUUGUGUCAACAACGUUUACUUCAAGCAUUAUUUCAAACUGGCAAACCUAUUAUUAUUGUAGUAAUGAAUGGACGACCAUUGACAUUAACAAUUGAAAAUCAAUACGCAACAGCAAUUUUAGAAACAUGGUUUGCUGGAACGGAGGCAGGAAAUGCUAUCGCUGAAGUUCUUUUUGGAUUUUAUAAUCCAGCGGGUAAAUUAACAGCAACAUUUCCACGUUCUGUUGGGCAAAUACCCCUUCAUUAUAACCACAAGAGCACAGGACGUCCGUACAAUUCAAGUGAUUUUCUCAAUCGAUUCGAAACUCGUUAUAUAGAUAUAACCAGUGAUCCACUGUAUCCGUUCGGCUAUGGUCUUAGUUACACAGCGUUUAGUUUGGGUCCAUUAAAUGCAGAUAAAACUGAACUUCAUGGUGAUUCAGAUCGUUUAAAUAUCAGUGUUGUAUUGAGCAACGAUGGAAAAUAUGAUGGAGAAGAAGUGGUACAAUUAUACAUUGGUGAUCCUGUUGCAAGUGUGACACGAGCUGUACGAGAAUUGAAAGAUUUCAAAAGAAUUUUUCUUUCAACUCAACAACGUGAAGAAAUUUCAUUUGUUGUGACAACUGAACAAUUGAAAUUUUUCGAUGCAAAUCUUAAUUAUGUUUGGGAAGAAGGACUUUUCAAUAUUUAUAUUGGUCUGGAUUCAGUCAAUACUAAAACACUACAAAUUUAUUGGUAUAAUCAAGUUGGUAUUGGUUUUGUGCGUUUUAUACGGAGCAAACCAAAAUACUGCCACCUUCGAAACGGUUCCGUACCUUUANUUAUUUCUCAGAAAUAUAUUAAUGCAAUCUAUAGUGGAAAUGUUUCAUUUAUCUCACCUGUUGAUGUUCGAACAAUUAUCAGUUCUUUCUGGCAAUUGAUACGCUCAUUUUGUAAUAUAUCGCAAAACACAUGGAUUGAUGCUUAUAAUAAUUUCAACGCUACUAUACUGAUUAGUCCAAUGGCACAAUCACAAUUCCUGAUAGAGACUCAAGUUAAAAAUUCACUUAAUUUUUCACUUACUACUGCAGUAAGUAAUCUAAAACGAAAUUUACUUAUGGCUCGUGAAAUGACUUUAGCCAAUGGUUUGAUAUCAGGUUUAGCUACAAAUUAUUAUAUUGCCUAUCCUGGUCAAGUAACUUCAUCAAAAACUAUGGGUAUUAUUGCGAAUGUUUUUGAAGAUGGAUGUUCUUGUUCGAAUGCCGACGGUUGUCUUCGACCCGCUAUCAUCUCUGGAUCUAACAAUGAAACAAUAAAUUCAACAAAAGUACCAGGUAUAAUGUUCAGUUGUUUACCAAUGGAUGGUACACUUGCUUCAACAUUUGAAUGUUAUUAUGACACAGAGUGUCUAUCUCUAAUUCAACAAUAUCUAUCAAUCGAUGACACAUUACAACCAUUGAAUGUAUCAAGCCGUUUCUUUUACAAUGUUACUAUAAAAACAUUGGUUGAUGAAUUAAUGAUUGAAAAUUUAACAGUAAAACCUUUAUUUUCUCUUUAUUAUACUAUAUGCCAUCCGAAUUAUUGCACUUAUUCAUUUUCACGUCGAUUUGAUAUAAUAUAUACUAUUACAUUAAUAUUUACUGCUGUCGGUGGAAUUUCAGUUGCGUUACGACUCAUCAGUUUAUUGAUCAUCAAGGUGUUACGUAAAAUACGACAAAGAUCAAUUCGUUCUAACAAUGAACAGUCGUUUGUUUGUAAUCCUCGAAUAUUAGGUAUCCGACUCUGUGCAUUACUCAAUAAGGCUAAAGAUUUACUUAUUAAUCUAAAUCUUUUCAAAAGUUUAUCUCGUGAUCCUGAAGUUGUACAUCGACAACGUAUCAUUACACGUAUAUUUAUUGUCUGCCUUGGAACAAGUCUUAUUAUAUUCAGUGUCUAUACAUUUCUCUCUAUUCAAACAAAGGCCAUUACAAUUCCUAAUCCAUCAAGAACAGAUUAUGAAUAUCUAUCAGAAUUAUAUUCUGAUACUCUACAAUGUUCGUGUUCACAAAUUGCUAUUUCAUACUCUUCUUUCAUGAAAAUGAUGCAUACAUUUCAUCAACUUUGUUCAAGUCGACUUACUUCAUCUGAUUGGUAUAAUCGUCUAUAUAAAUCGANUACACCGAAUGACACCGUUGGAUACAAUCGUAAUAGAUUUAGUUAUACAUUUGCUUCUCAAUAUUUUCAAGCACUUGAUGCAUGUUGUUCAUUAUCGGAAAAUACGAUUAAUAAUGCGUACCGGCUAUUUUCAGCGAAUAUGUUUAUUAACAAUCGUGUACUGUCGGAAAGAAUUUUUUCUAAACAAAUGAACGCUGCCAUUGAUACAUUUAAAAUAGCAACACGUGCGGAAUUCAGUCGUAUCUUCGCAUUUUUUCGUAAUAAUACUCAAACAGGUCAAUUUUCUACUCGAACAAAUUCGAAUAUGCAAUUUUCACUCACUCCGAAUGCUGAAGUAUUACUGACAAUCGCUACUCUUCCGGUUAUGUCAUCAGACUUACCGGCUGGUUAUCUUUUUAUUUGUUCUUGUUUGAGUCAAAGUAAUAGAUGUGGUGCGCAAGCAUUUGUUUACGAUUCAUCAGCAGGACUUAGUAAUAUUUAUCUUACAGAUCUAAUUAUUAGAUGUCUACCAACAGAAACAGCAAUUAAAUCAACACUCGAAUGUUGGUAUGAUCCUAUUUGUUAUGACAUUGUAUAUAAAUCGUUUCUUAUAAACGGAGUCGAUUUAAACAACAGUAUAGUAGUGAAUGAUAAUGUUACAAGCCGAUUCUCGAUCAAUGCGUCUGUUCAAAUGAUCGUUGAUGAACUUUUACUUGAAAACUGGACUUUGAGUGCUUCGUACGAUGAUUUUUACAAACAAUGUGCACCUACAUCAUGUAUAUAUACAAUUCAACAACGUUUCGAUUGGUUCUUUGUCUUCAUUAAUCUUUUAGGUAUUUACAGUGGUCUGAGUAGAGGUCUUCGAUUGAUUGUUCCAAUAAUCAUUCACUUAUUCUUAAUUAUUAUUCGAUCAAUUCGCGCGCGAAAUCAUCGUACAAAACCUUCAACAUCCAAUAGUCAAGAAAUUCAAUUUCAUAACAUUCCGGCCUCAAGAUUAUCUUGGCUUAGCAAAAUAAAACAAUAUCUAUGUACAUUGAANUUAUUUCUCAGAAAUAUAUUAAUGCAAUCUAUAGUGGAAAUGUUUCAUUUAUCUCACCUGUUGAUGUUCGAACAAUUAUCAGUUCUUUCUGGCAAUUGA